AGCGUAAACAAACGAAAGCAUGAUGUAUUCAAUAACGCCGGAAUGUAUGCAAUCGACUGAGCCAUUCAGCCGUUUGAUUGAGAGUAAGCAACUUCAUGCCAAUUGGUUGAUUGGGCAACAUCGAAUGAGAACCAUAACAGUAAAGGCUAACGCUGCCAAAGCGCUGUAUUGCGAGUGCAGCACACAUACACCAAACUGAUUCAGUUGUUGUUUACCACCGGCUCGUCAACAUUCACAAACGUCAAACAUUUUUUUCUCAACUGAUUUUGUUCCGUGUUUAGUUGCUACAUCUCGUUAAAUUUCUAAUUGAAUUGUGUGAUUUAAUUCAAUUCUGUGUCGUGAUUAAUCCGUGCCGCGAAGAUGAAUGGGAUUUUGCCGUAUAAAAUCGAAUAUUCCGACGGCGAUCAAAGUUGCACCAAGUGCCAUGGGAAGAUACGCACCGAUCACAUUCAAAUUGCAAUCAUGAAACAGUCGGAUGAAGAUGAUUGCUACAAUCCAGAGUGGUUUCACUUCAAAUGCUUCUUCCAAACUCGGCGACCAUCCACUGAAGCCGGCUUCGAUGGUUUCGCUCUUUUGCGGUACACCGACCAGUUGGACAUUCAAGUUGAAUUAGGCGUGGUCGAUCGUCGCUGUUUGCAAUCGCCUGACGCAAAAGUCCCGGACUUUGGCAUCGACUACGCCAAACAAAAUCGAGAUGCUUGCACCGAAUGUGAACAGGGAAUACCGAAAGGUGCUGUUCGUAUCAUGAAGGUUGCAUACGAUGUCAACCAGAACACAGCAUUCGAUGGAAAAGCAACUUGGUAUCACGUUGAGUGUUUCGCCCGAAAACGAUCCGAGCAUGGUUGGUUAGAAUCGGCCGAAAAACUGCCCGGGUUUCGACGACUCAAAGACGCAGACAAAGAAGCAGUCAAGAGACAAUUUCCUGUCGUCAUGUCGUUGGAAAAGCAGAUCGAAGCUCAAAAUGAAGAGUAUUUCAAGGUAUACGACGGAUUGAUCCAGCUCUCUAGAGAUGAACAAGUCAAUCUAUUGAAGAAAAACUUACAAUUCGUGCCCAACACUGAUUAUGAGAUUCGUCAUCAUUUGACGGAUAUAAUCGUUUUUGGUGCAUUACAUCAAUGUGAUCAGUGCCGUACAUGUAGUUUGGUGUUCAAAAACACAAAAUAUGUUUGCGCACGUCAAAAAGACUGGGCCAAAUGUGGUAACACUGUCGAUGAACCACGGCGAAUGAUGCCUCGUGUGCCACCAGAGAUGCUUGCGAAGUAUCCAUUUUUGAAACCACCUGAAUCAGUUCAAGCCAGAGCCGUACAUCCUUUCCAAUGGACAGACGAUGAAGGAAACGAUUUGGUUUUUGGCGUUUACAAACACCCGAAGCUGUUCAAUAUGACAUUUGUUAUCGUUGGCAAGUUGUCGAAGACAAAAGAGGCAAUUGAAGAGGUCAUUUUGAAAUUGGGCGGGAAAAUCGUUGAAAAAGUUGACAAAAAAUUGACCGCCGUUCUAUCGAAUCGAGACGAAGUGCAAAAAAUGGGCACUCUCAUGAAACAAGCGAAACGCUAUAAUAUCCAAGUGGUUUCAGAGGAAUUUCUCACGGCCAUAGACACCACGGAAGACCCGUUUCUGUACAUAAUCAGCGAAAGUUUGUGUGAUUGGGGCGGAGAUCCAUAUGCUCGAACUGAACAAAAUGAUGUGAAAUCACGCCGGGAGACGGUUUUCUACACAAAAUCAUUGCCAGAGAAGCUCACAUACAAAUGGAAAGAUGGAAGUGCAGUUGAUCCAGAAUGCGGUCUAGCUGAUAACGCCCAUGUAUACUGCGGAGAUGCUGGAAAUCAUAAAGAUGUUGAAUACUCGGUCGUGCUUGGACUUGUCGACAUUGAAAGUAACAAAAAUUCAUACUACCGCAUGCAAUUGCUGGAGUCAGAUGAAAUUAAAUUGUACUGGGUGUUUGAAGCUUGGGGUCGAAUUUCGACUUCGAUUGGUUCGAAGCGACUGAAGAACUAUGGUAGAUUGGAAGAAGCUCUGGCGCAAUUCAACUCCACAUACCAAGAGAAAACUGGCCAUUCAUUUGGCAAGAAAAAAACCACGAAACUUCCAAAUAAAUUCUAUCACCUCGACAUUGAAUUUUGCGCAAAGAAGAAGCUACCGAGCACAUUCGUUGAAACCAAAUUACCAAAAACAGUCUACGAAUUGAUGCAGAUGCUGUUCGAUGUGAAGCGAUUCGAAGACAUGAUGUUUGGAUUCGAUCUUGACUUGAAGCAAAUGCCACUCGGCAAAAUCAGCAGCAAACAGAUUCAUUUGGCAAUGGAAGUAUUGGGCCACAUUGCACGGAUGAUUGAACACAACGACAUCCCUAGUAAGCUUCAAGCAGCGUCCAACCGAUUCUACACCAUGAUACCUCACGCAUUCAGUGUUAAGCGUCCAGCAAUUAUAGAUUCGCUUGAAAUUGUUAACGAAAAGAAUGAAAUGCUCGAGAGUUUAUUGAACAUGGAACUAAUUUACGGUUUUUUGGAUGAAGAAUAUGGUGAAAAAUCGAAUCCACUGGACGCCUGUUAUCUCAAGCUGAAAAACGAAAUUGUACCGGUCGAUAAGAAUUCACCGGAAUACCAAAUGCUCUGCGAUAUAGCUCGGGACACACAUUGUCCAACACACCUUGGAUACGCAUUGGAAGUGCUGGAAGUGUUUAAGCUGAAGCGUGAAGGAGAAGAUGAACGCUUCCGAACCGUUGAACAUCUCGAUCGACAUCGGUUGCUUUGGCACGGAUCGCGAUUGAUGAAUUUCGUCAGCAUUUUAACGAAUGGCUUAAAAAUCGCACCACCUGAGGCGCCUGUAUCGGGCUAUAUGUUCGGCAAAGGAGUUUAUUUCGCGGAUAUGGUUUCAAAGUCGGCCAACUACUGUUACACAGAUCCAAACAACAACAUUGGUCUAAUGCUUUUGUGCAAGGUAGCUCUGGGCCAACAGCGAAAACUAACACAAGCUAGUGCCGUAGUAGAUAUUCCAAACGCCAACGAGCAGUCGGUUAAAGCCCUUGGUGCAUUUUUUCCAUUCAACUGGUCGUCGAUCAAUGGGGUGAAAAUAAACACAGGCGCCAUUUGCAGAGGCAACGCACCAACAGCACUUUGGUAUAACGAGUAUAUAGUUUACAAUGAGGCACAGGUAAAAGUUGAAUAUCUAUUCAAAAUGAAAUUUCAUUUCAAGCCGUAGCCACAAUAAGCGACCAAACUAAUCGCGAACUCCGUGUUGUCGAUCAAGAGCUUACUCUUAUGUUUUUUUUCGUGCAAUUUAACGCUAAAAUGUUUCGAAAGUUCAAAUUUGUUUUCAUUUAACUUGUUUUUACGGUUCAUUUGUUAUGUUGUGAUCUCAAGCGAGACAUUCACAUACAAAAAAAACUCUAUCCGUGUAAUAAUUGGAGACUAAGAAAAAUGUGUCGAUCUAAAGCAUAUAUAAAUAAAGAAAAUCUAAUUAGAAUUAGUCAAUUCCCAAUAAGAAAACGUGUAAGCCUACUAAAAAUGUUCACAUUAAAAGAAGGCAAUAUUAAGCAUUAAUUGAA